AUGAGCGUGAAGUCGGGGCAGAUUCCAGAUCCGGGUGAUGAUGAUGAUGAUGAUGAUGAUGAUGAUGAUGAUGAUGAUGAUGAUGAUGAUGAUGAUGAUGAUGAUGAUGAUGAUGAUGAUGAUGAUGAUGAUGAUGAUGAUGAUGAUGAUGAUGAUGAUGAUGAUGAUGGCACAUACAGAACACAAUCUGCUCAUUAUCCGAAUUCCCAGGGCCUUCUGAACUAG